ACAGAUAAAGAUAAGAAUUAGACAAGACAUAACCUCAUACGUGUUUUUUUAAUAAAUUCCUAUAAAUUACAAAUUAAAUCUCACCAAAAAAAUGGCUUCACUGAAAGUAUAUUCAGUUGGUAGACUUGUUAAAUAUGUAACAGAUUCCAGUCUACGAUUGCGGGGGAAUAUUUACAGAUCUUCAGUCAGUCGGUAUAGUACUGAAGAGAAGGCUGCAGAAGAUGCAUCUGGUGAUAAACAGCUGCCCCCAACAUUGGAGGACUGUCACAAACAAAUUGAAACACUAAGCACUGAAGUUAGCUCACUUAAGCAACAAGUUAAGGAUUAUGAAGACAAAUACAAGCGUGCUCUAGCAGACGGAGAGAAUGUCAGAAGACGGAUGAUGAAGCAAGUGGAAGAUGCUAAGUCGUUUGCUAUUCAGAGCUUCUGCAAGGAUCUACUGGAUGUGGCGGACACACUGAGCGCUGCAGCGGACAGUGUGCCGGACAGUGCACAAGCGCAGGCGGAAAGCGCGGCUGCGGCGCUGCGCUCGCUACACGACGGGCUGCGUCUAACACGAGCUCAGUUAGACCAGGUGUUUGCAAGACAUGGCCUAGUUGCAGUUUCUCCGUUGAGAGAGAAAUUCGAUCCCAAUCUGCAUGAGGCGUUAUUCCAACAGGAGGUAGAAGGUUAUGAACCAGGCACAGUGGUGACUGUUAGUAAGGUUGGGUACAAAUUACAUGAGCGCUGCGUGCGGCCAGCUUUAGUUGGCGUUGCCAAAGGAUAGCGUACUUAGUGUGGCGGAGGACUGUGUUCCAAUUUUCCAAAAAUUAUUUCUGUUAUGUAUAUUAUUGGUUAUGAUUUUUUUUGUAAAAAACAAUAUAAAAACCUAAAACUGAAAGUUCAAUUGCUUUUUUAAAUGUUUUUAUUCAUAGAAGAAUUUUAACAGGAAUAUGGUGAGGGUUUUUAUAAUUCAGGUUGAAAUAAAAAUUAUAAAUGAAAGGAUUACAUAUUUUUUUAAUACUUAAAAAACUAGACAGUUUGAUUGAACAUUAUCUCUUUGUUCUUAAAUCUUAUAAGUACAACUUACUCUAUGAUCAUUUGACAUCUGUCAAAAUGACUUUUAGCGGGACACUUGUAAUGUAAAAUUUUUAUUGCAUUUUUAUAUUGUUUAAAUUAUUAACUGUUUUUUCUAUCUAAAUAGUAAAUAUGUAGGCAACUGUAAAAUAGGUAAAGGUUUCUAUAUGAAUACUAAAGUAUAUUUUUAAUAAAUUGGAAAUACGCGGAACAAAAUAAUUCCAUGUGUGAAUGUGGUUCAGAGUUGUGUAGUAAAUAAACAUGUUUAGUUAAU